UCGUGCCAUCGGCGCCGGUCCUCCGCUCGCGCAGCGAAGUGAGCACACGCACGCAGUGUGUUCCCGAACGGCGCGCCGCUAAUCACGACACCCGGAGAAGAGCGAAUCUCUCGCGUAAAUAAACCGCUACGGGGCUGGUCACCCUAUUAUCAUCCCCCCGACACAAAUAAUAUCGGCGCCUCCACCAACAAUAAACAAAGCUGGCUAAUGAGUGCACACUGACAUUCGGACAGUGUUUGUUUGAUGAUGUUAUCAGCGCGCCACAUGUGAAAGUUGACAAAUUGAGAGCUGCCCGCAAGUGUGAUGCGUGUGAAUAAUUCGAAGCGCUGGAAUGAGCCGCGUAGAGCAUCGAGAGUUGUAUCAGAGGAGAAUUCGACUUCAAACUGAUUAGUUACAGCACUCGUUGUGCCUGGCAGUCCGAAAAGCUGUACCCUGGUUACGAAACGACAGGCAGCAAAAUUCACCAAGGAAUACUAAGAGCGCAGAAAACUGGCUAAAGAUGGGCUAACAACAGAAUUUAAUAAAUCGUCUCCAAAAUAUGACGCUGACGCCGCCGAUAUUCGAAUCAUCCGCCAUGGUGACACUGGCGACCGCCAUCCGGGUGCUUCCGACGUGUGAAUUAAUCUCUUCAAAUCGAAGAGAACUCCCUUGAAAAAAAAACGCUCACGUACACACAACGAAAUGCCAACGCUGAGCAGUCUGAAGAGUGCGCUGGGACAUGCGGCGGCAGCGGCGGCGACCGCCUCCACGUCCGUCACGCUUCAUAUCAACGACGUCGUCCAGGUGGAAGUGGCCCAAGAUGACUUGCAGGAAUUCCCGCCGUCGUCCUCGUGGGGUGACGCGGGUGUUGUGGACCUGGGCAAUUCCUUGCGCAUCUCGUCGCCGGACGACUUUCUCGGCUUGAAUCUCUCGCUAUUAAACUACACGCUCAACGGGACCGGCUACAACGAGACGGCGCAGGCCGACGACGGCGAGGCACUCGCGGACCUGAUUCUCAUGGGCGUCAUCUCGGUGCUUCUCGGUCUCAUGAUACUCGUCACCGUAAUCGGAAACGUGUUUGUGAUAGCCGCCAUUUUGCUGGAGAGGAAUCUCCAGAAUGUCGCCAACUAUCUGAUCGUCUCGCUGGCCGUCGCCGAUCUGAUGGUCGCCUGCCUCGUGAUGCCCCUGGGCGCCGUCUACGUGAUAAGCAAUAAUUGGAUAAUGGGCCCCGAAGUCUGCGACAUGUGGACUACCAUCGAUGUGAUGUGCUGCACGGCGUCCAUCUUGCAUCUGGUCGCCAUUGCAAUGGACAGAUAUUGGGCUGUCACAAACGUGGUAUAUUCAAGAGACUCGAACCGGAUCAUCAUCAUGAUUGUGAUGAUCUGGAGCGUGGCGCUGGUCGUCUCCCUGGCGCCACAGAUUCCUCAGUUUGGUUGGAAGGACCCCGAUUACCUGAACCGCAUCAACGUCAAGAAACAGUGUCUGGUUAGUCAGGACGUAGGAUAUCAGAUAUUUGCAACUUCUUCAACGUUUUAUGUCCCUUUAUUGGUCAUAUUUAUUCUCUACUGGAAGAUUUUCCAAACAGCGCGUAAACGUAUCCGGAAACGACGUGAAAUGCGAAAUCACAAUAUGGAGAAACCAAGUGAUGCAGGUAGAAGCAACAAUAAUGCUCGUAACUUCCUUACGAAACGCCGUUUCCUACGAAUGAAGAAAUCAGCGAAAAAGUCGACGGCCGCUGAAGCCUUAGUAUCGUCACUUGUGAUGAUGGAAGGCCAGUCGACGACAACGAUGGACGUUGUGAUGGAGGAAGCCGAGCAACAACAACCGCAACAGGCGAAUGGCAACCACGCCGAGGAAACAACAGCGUUUACUAUUACAAAACCCGGAAAAGUGGAUAACAUGGUUGUGUCGAACAAUGUAAGUCCGGAAAAGACGUCCACGGGGACGACGAACAACGGCUCAGCGAGUCAUCAGAGUCACAUCAGUGACAUUAGUCGUGUAGAAGCUGCUUGCCCAGCGGAGAAACUGCUACCACCAGUGAAAAAAGACAAAAAGGAAACACUCGAAGCAAAACGCGAGCGCAAAGCGGCGAAAACACUGGCGAUCAUCACCGGCGCAUUCGUCAUGUGCUGGUUGCCCUUCUUCAUACUCGCACUGUUGAUGCCACUGUGCGGCGAGCAGUGCUCGAUAUCACCCUACGUGAUAUCCUUUUCACUAUGGCUGGGCUACUUCAACUCGACGCUCAAUCCAGUCAUCUACACCAUAUUCAAUCCGGAAUUCCGGCAGGCUUUCAAACGAAUACUGUGCGGUCAGCACGUCGGGCGGCGAGGCCGCGGCGGUGGCGGAGGCGGUCGCGGUCAAAAUUUCAGAUCGGCUAAAGUCGGCUAGGCGAAAGUGCGUCUCUACCCAACUCACUCCAUGAUGAACGCUCAAUAUGCGCUUGUGCGAGACAUUCCAGUCUAACCAAUUUCGUCCUCAAUUACAAAUAUAAUUCGCUCGUGUAAAUAGUUAGUGACUGUUCAAACUAACAUAGACAUAAGUACGUGUAACAGAAUAAUGCAUAUACAUAUAUAUUUUCGUUAUUGUAAGAAAAUGGUGUCCAAAACAUGGGUAUAGAUAUAUUAGGUUUGGUUGAUAUUUUACACGUUCCUGAUGAAACGCUACAAAUGUCUUUCGGAUAGUGUAAAUAUAUAUUAAAUAAGAUAGGUUAUAGUAGUUGAUAAGUUAGGUUAUAAACUUGCAAAAGAACCGCAAUGAGGUAGAAAACAAACAAAAAGCAAAAACUUAACUAGUGCGUUAAUUUUCCUAACGCUCGCCACAUUAACAGUUAAUUUUGCAGCAUGCAGCGAUUUUGCUAGUAGCAACAAACCGUGCAUCUCUUUUAUCAUGGUGAUGAUGAUAAUAAAGCUGUAUAAAACCGACGCCGCGGACGUAAUUUAUCAACGCAGUCAGCAACAAAAAGUAUUGCACAAUACAGGACUCUCUAGUCUCUCUAGUACAUUCCGUAAAAUUUCAUUUUUAGCUUGAGACGCGAUGACAUAUGACGUUAUCCUCGCUCAACGCGCUCAACACUUCUCCAAGAGUCCGCGUCUCGGUCGGCUCAUAUAUUCGCGCGCACGUCUCGCGGAACAUAAAUAAAACGCUAAAAAAGGCGCGCGCAAAAAGAAACGCGCGUUGAUGAGACAACAGUGGCGGACUUUAAGUAGACAUUGAUUGAUAAAGUACACCAUCAAAAUUUAGAUUAUCGAGUGAUAUUUUGUGUUUUAUUAUUUAUUAUGCUCAUCAUGUACAUGCGUUGCAAAAACGUUGUUUUUUUACUGCUGCUCGUUUUAAAAUUCAUCAAAAAAUAUAAUAACAAAGAGUAAUAACUUGAAGUUGAACUCAGGAAAAAGUUAACCUUUUAAAUUUCAACGGUAGAGACAUAAAACAAGCUGUAAAAGUAUUGAAAAGUGUUAGAUAAGUUUUUAGUUAGUGGAAAUUUAAUAUUUUUUAUUGCUUUUUAAUAUUUGAGUAUUGAAGAUAUUGGUAAACACCACAAUAUUUGUUCAGUAAAUGUGUACAGUAUGAGGCAUUAACACUACAUAUUUUAAGUCAUGAAUAGCAUAGAUUUUGGAAUAAUUAUUAUUUUUAGUUUAUUGACGUUUUAGAUAUGAAUAUUUUAUUUAAUGUUUACACGCAAUCUUCUUUGUCAUUUUUUGUCCACCAGCGUUUAAAACUAAUGUUAUUAAUCUUACGUUAAAUAUGAAUAUUCAAAUGAAAUGCAACGAGUUGAUGCGAUUACAACCAGCUUGUUCAAUGACCUGAAACACCAACGUUUUUGUUACCAAUUUAUGCUGGUGGACAAAAAAUAACUCAAAAAUGUUUUGUUCGGUACACAUUGAAAAACAAAUAAUCUAGAUAGCAAUCAAUGAAAAAAAAUUAAUUUCGUUCUUGAAUGUGAUAAUAUACGUAAAUCUUAAGCAUCCAUUAAUCGAACGUGAAAUCAACGUAAAUAUACCUAAAUCAAAAGAGAUAGUAAAUAUUAUAAAUUCAAAACUCUUCAAAAAUCUCCCAAGUUUUACUAAACUAAACGUAUCGCCGUCUAUUCGUACGCUUUCCACAUUCAAACAUUUAUAUUAUAAGAAACUUCGCGAAAUGUAUAGCUUAAUAUUACUGCUUGAAUUCUGCCUGUAUGUUCACUAACAAAUCGUUAUUUAAAAUAUUGUGAUAAUAAUAAAUGUUAGGCGGGGAAAGUGAACUGUUUUUAUAUUAAAAACAACUAUGAUUAAGCAUAAAACAAGAGUGCAACUGCGUUGUCAUGAAAAGUCAUAGUCAUCGUAAACACAUUUCAUCAAUUCUCAUCAAAUUGAUGACGAUGACUAUUCAUCUCACAAUUUGGCUGUUAAUCUUGAAACAUAUGCACGAUAAUCAUACCCAAUAUUAAUUGAGCCUAGAUAUUGGUGUAUGGUGUUCGAGCAUUGCCACCAUGUAACAUAUAACCUAAAAGACACACCUAACCUAAUUUAUAUAACCAAACACUCAACACAAUAUACAAUACACAAUGAAUUUUAGCGAGAUAAGCAAAGCGAAUCGCAAGGUGCGAACCAAAUGUAAAUAACAUUGAUUAAAUAUUAAUCAAGUCUAUAAUAAUAAUUAAACCGAUGAUUCUAUUGUACAAUAUAAUAUGCAUAGUAAAUUGAUGUGUGUUAUAAUUAAUUAAUUCGGUUGGUUUGCGUUUGUAAAAAUGUACACAAUGAACAGAACUCUGUAAAUACUAGCUGAGUAUUAUAUAUGAAUUUGUUUGUGAAUUUGAAUAACGUAUAUUUGUACAUAAUGUUAUUGAACAUUGCCCAAAAUAUUUGUUAAGUAUACUUGAAAUAAAAUCUAUCAAGUCAAAAAUACUAUAUGUACGUGAGGGGCAAACAAAAUAUAGAUAUCGAAAGCCGAUCAAAUAUUUGAACGAGCAAAUGUUAUCAGGCUGGUUAUUCGAUGUGUGUACAGAUGUAAAUAAAAAUGACCGAGCGUAAUGUUACCACAGAUAUAUCAAAGUAUCUCUAAUAAUAAUUAAUAAUAUGAUAAUAUAGUCGGUGUGUUUGUUCCAACACGAGCCACAGGAUGACUAAAUGGAUUCAUAGCUUUAAUAAAACUGAAUAAAUGUUUAAGCCAGCUUUGACAUUACAACUUAACCUUUAAAAAUGUUUUGAGUUUAUAAUUGAGGUUAUGACAUGAAAAGUUUUAUUGUUAUUAUCAAACAUAUGAAAUCUAGACUAUAAAGAAAGAUCCUCUCGUUUUGUUGUUAACAAUAAUGAUAAAUUUAAAUUAAUAUUGAACUCGUAUUGUGAUAUACAAGAUGUAUAAAGAUUAUACAUGCAAACCCACAACCAAAAUUCAAACAAACAGGAAGAGAAAACAUGAUAUUCGCCCCUCAGAUUUUCACCUAAAUGUUACUUAACGCUACAACUCUAGAGAUGAUAAAAUUGUGAACUAAUAAACCUAGCGAUUCUCAUUGUGUGUUUAGAUGCAUAAUUAUGAUGUAUGUGCUGUAUCUCUCUAUUAAUCGGAUCCUGAAUCGAGCGGACGAGUUACGAAUCGAAUCAAAUCGAAAGUAAUCAAUGUGAAUUAUGUAAAAUAUAUAAACUAAACAGCGGUGUAUUGAAAAUGCAGAUAUAUAAAAUAAGAGUUUGGAAACACACACACACACAAAUCUUAUGCUAAUUGUGAAAGAUACUUGCAUUUGAUUAACAAAUACUAUUUACUAUUUAUUAUUACAAUAAAUGAUAAUAUGUUAUGAA